CCAACAGCCACAUAUUGGGCUUUGGCAACCUCGUCCCAGAAUUUGUUGCACAAAUCCUGAUCCGUAUCUUCUCCUUUCCUUCCCGGAUUCUUCUUCUUCUUCUCCCGCUUGGUGUUACUGUCCAGUACUUUUUUCCGUCUAAUUUUUCAUUAAAGAAAAUUCAGUUCUUGGACGCACAUGGUUGUCGCUUUCAACUCCAAACACCAUCAAAGGUUCUCCAGCAGAUAUUAUUUCUAGGAUUGAGAAAGAAGUCCUUUUGAUAGAAGAUGAAGAUACAGUGUGAUAUGUGUGAGAAGGCCCAGGCAACGGUAAUUUGCUGCGCCGAUGAGGCUGCAUUGUGCGAGAAAUGCGAUGUGGAAGUGCACGCUGCCAACAAGCUUGCGAGCAAACAUCAGAGGCUGCUUCUUGAAUGCCUUUCCAACAAACUACCACGGUGUGAUAUAUGCAGAGACAAGGCAGCCUUCAUCUUCUGCGUUGAGGACAGAGCGCUCUUUUGCAAGGACUGUGACCAGCCAAUUCAUUCAGCUAACAGUUUUGCUGCAAAGCACCAGAGAUAUUUAGCUACCGGAAUACGAGUAGCUUUGACCUCCACUUGUAACAAGGAAAGUUCAAAAAGCCAGAUGGAGCCAAGGUCUGCAUCCAAUUCACAACAGACUGGUCGGGAAGAUCCCAUUCAGCAUGCUUCAGGUAUCACCUCACCAUCUUGGGGCGCUGAUGAGUUGCUACAAUUCUCAGAUUAUGAAUCCUCUGACAAGAAGGAGCAACUCGAGUUUAGUGAGCUUGAGUGGUUGACAGACACUAAUCUGUUUGACGAACAAAUAUCACAGGAGAGUUUAGCUGCAGCAGAAGUACCUCAGCUACCGCUGUCUCAGUCCAGCAACAUCACUUCUUACAGACCAACCAAGUUCUGCACAGCUCACAAGAAGCCUAGGAUUGAUGUUCCAGAUGUUGAUGAAGAGCAUUUCACAGUUCCUGAUCUUGGCUGAAUCCUGAUGAACAGUGGCAUGUAAUUAAAACCUUACCAAAUGGAAGUAGAUUAGUACAAUCAAAUGGCUUGUGAACAUAUUUACUAUGUUGAUGAGAAUGUCUACAUCCUUUCCAACCGAAUGCUGUAUUAGGUAACAUCGCUUGUGCUUGAGUCUUUAUACUCGUUGAACCUUUAUGGGAUGUUAAACUUUACCCCUCCUUUUUCCGUCAUGAUAUACUUUAAUUUCGAAUU